UCAGUCGCCGAAAAGGAGAGACCAAAGAAGAGAGAAGGUUGCAACAGAGGAAGACAGAGAAAGAAAUUUUAGCGUUGAUUUGGAGAGGGUUUGGCAGAGGUUUUAGCUAUAGAAAGAGAGAAGUGAGAAAACCUGGGGCCUUCUUUGUGUAUCGAUUUGAGUGAAAACGAUAACAUAGGGAGAUUGAGUGAAAAACCGAAGAGAAACAGGGACCGAGAAAAAAAAAAGAUGAAGAGGGAGCUGAUUGGUGAUUUUAAUUGAUGGACAGUGCUAUUAUGUUCCAUUGGUGAAUGAAUUAGUGCUUGGAACUGAGUUGCCGUUCUUUUCAUUUAUUUUAAGCUUUUAAGGUUAGUAUCUCACUCCAAGAGGAGGCGAAGCCCUUAGCUGGAGUUUAACGAUUCUAAGUGCUCAAAGUUCUUUGGCUGCAUAAUGGAGAAAUCAGAAAUUGGAACCACAAAAUCCUCUCACGAAACUCCUUUUUUCUCUUUCCGUCCUCGCCGUCGAUCACAUCUCCAGAGUGAGACUUAUCGUAUGCUAGUGCACAUUUUAUCGCAUUGCUAUGACCAUUCUCAAGUUUCUCUUAACACUCCAAUUACUCUGGAAAGAUUAGGUAAUGACAAGAAUGGGAUGGAACAAGUAACUAAAAAAAAAAAGGAUAAACAUGGUAAGUCUAUGGGUCCUGUUACGACUGGAAAUGAGAGUUCACUACAUCAACCAACAUUAAUUGGCAAGGAUUCUGGAGCUACAAGUUUUGGAGGCAGAAGGUUUUGUGAGACUCGAGCAGUGAUAAGUGAGAUAGAUCAUGUAAUGCAGACAGAAGAAAUUGAGGAUAUAUUAAAGCAAAAUGACCUUAUGACAGAUGAUGAUUUUGAUGCAAAUCAUUCUCAAGAUGGGGGAUUUGGUCGGCAGCAAAUGAUAAUGGAUGAAUUAGAGCUUAUCAUGAAAGGAAAUGAAAAUCAUGUUCCAGAUGAUAAUAUUAAUCUCUCAGUUACAUCAUUGGAUGAAAACCAGAGCGUCAAUUUUGUGGCUGCAUCAGUGAAUGACCAAGAGCAACAGCAUGACCUCCAAAGAAUUGCUACAGAGGAGCCUCAGAGUGCAGCCAAGCUGCAAGAAGAUAAAGAAGAGUGUAUGCAACAGAUUUCUAGAGCAUCUGAUAUGUCUCUAGACAAACCUUUAUACAGUGAAGUUUCAAAACUAAGUGAGAAUAUUGAUGACAAAAUUUCCUUUUCAAAGACCAGUUCAUUUGAAAGAAAUCAGGAAAUGCAGAAGAAAGAAAUGGAAUGGGAGAAACAAGCUAGUUGCAGUGGCGUAAGUCCUAUAUCUAACUGCAUAAUUAAAGAUGUAGACAUUGAAGAGGGAGAGAUUUCUGGCGACUUCUGGAACGAUGAUGAAUCAUUUAAUAUGUCUCUUGGAGAUGUUGUACACUCAGAGGGGAAAGUAGGGGAGAAGCAAGUUCUUGACCAUGUAAUUGAUAAAAGAGAUUCUCAGCACAUUUUUUUCACUGCAGAUACCAAUCGUGGUAGAGAAGUGCAACUUGAAGGACAUGUGACAAAUAGGACAUUAUCUAAUACUGGAUUGGUUGUUCAUCGAACUUCUACUGCAGCUGUUGGGGCUGGCACAGGCAAAUGCAUGUAUACAGCUGGAGAAAACAAACAGGAAGGUAUUGGAACAGAGGGCAUUAGCUAUCAGCUGGCUUAUCCUGAUAACCUAGUACCACCAAGAGAAAUGGCGGAAAAAUAUGCUGAGGAAUAUCAAGGAAUCUCAUCUGAAAGGAAGUUGGAUGCUGUAGUCUGUAACAAGAAAAAGCGAGCUCCUCCUUCUGAAGCAAGAAAAGAAAAGAAAAAGGAAAAAAAAAGAAAGCAACGAGCCAAAAAGAAUAGAGAGCUUGGUGUUAAAAGGCUGAAACUCCACCCAGUUGUGAAACCAAAAACAAUUACUUAUUGCCAACAUUAUCUCAAGGGAAGAUGUUAUGAGGGUGAAAAGUGCAAAUUUUCACAUGAUACAAUACCUUUGACAAAAUCGAAGGUAUGAUAAUUGGACUUGGUAUUUGCUACUUGGCACAUGUUGCAUUUCUAUCGAUAUGUAUUUUUUUCAAGUGAAUCUCUAGUAAUGAGAUAUGGUCAUC